AUGAAUUUCACUUUUUUAUGUUUAGUCAUCACUCUAUACCUUUUAUUAGAAAUACAUGCGCAAUUCAACAAAGACGUUGUAUGUGUAAAGGACCAGGGCAAGGCUCCAGUAUGCGAUACAGUUCCGAAAACACGUCGAAGUAGUAAUUUAGACGAUAAGGUUCCACACUACGACCCGUACAUACCUAGGGCGAGCUCAAUUCUAUACAAUUGCUCGUCAACGGAGUGCGUACCUCUGAAACUAUACUCCAUUACGCAAGUAACUCCCCCCGAACUCCAACUCAAGUCAUGCUACUCACAGUCAGAAGCAUAUCAAUGCGAGACAAUAAGGUACAACUAUUUCAAAAACAUUGACAAGUUAUUGUUUUUAAGUAACAAUGUAAGAAACAAGACGUUUUAUUUGGUGGAUUGUUUAGUAUAUUCAGACCGUGGGCGAGUGUGUCAUAAGAAGGACGACGUUGAUUCACACGCCAAAUUGGUCGACACUGGAACCAUAGUAAGGCCGAACGAGCCCAACGUUCUGUCACAAGACGAAUUCUUGUGCGAGCAGGGCCAAGACGGCGAAGUGAUUUGCGAUCUCAACUCUUUCAUACCAUACAAUGAUGGACUAAAAUUAAAAACCGCUAUUGAAUACAAAGACGAUAUCCUACUUAAGACUGGCGAUUAUGUCGUAACUUUGGGUAAAGGCUGCAUCGGUUUAUGGUGUGGCUAUAGCGGAUUCAUAAAAAAGAAUACGCGUCGUCAGAGAUAUGAGCCACCAGGUGGAAAAGUCUUUCGGUGUUAUUACGCCAAAAAGCAACAGAUUUGUAAGGAAUUAUAUGCCAGUAGUAGGCCAGUUUAUAACGAACGAGAUUGGCUUAGUACGUAAUUAGUUUAAUAUUAUUUUCGCAUAUCAUUACCGAUAACAUUUAACGAGGAUGUCAAUAAUUUAGUAUAAUAUUAAUUAUGUGAAAUCGGUUAUUGCUCAUUUAAUAAGGAAUCAAUAAGCUUACAAUUGGCUUGUUUCGGUCAAUAAAAAGUAAUACACGUGCGUGUCGUAAGACGCAACAAUAAAAAGCGCACGGAGCUGGUUUAGAUGCGAUGACACGGUAAGAUCGAACACAGAACUACAUAGUACAAUGGAAAGGCUAAAAGCACGUGACGCGAACUUGUAUAGUUCGUGAUACAUCAAAUGGGCUGCAAAACGAUGUGUUUAACCCACUUAAUAAAACCACGUAGAAGAAAUAACUGCGACACAUCCAGUUAGCUUUACUUUCGUGACAGCACCCUGAGAGUGAAAGUGGGCAGUGUUCCAAUGGCUACAAUACUUGCAAUUACGUACAGGACCUGAUUUUUAUGUUACAAUGUUUAUUUUGUCAUCGUUAUAUCGAUUUUACGUAAUUCACUGACUACCCGCAACAUGUAUAGUUAACGAACUAAUUUCAUAAUAUGUAUCACAAAAACUUCACAGUUUUAAUUUAACCGUAAACAUUUAAUUGUAAAUACAUUUUUAUGACUCCAAUUAGUUGAUUAAAUAAAAAAUGC